UUUCGUCCAAUAAUCCAAUUUCGCGUUUUUUCUCAAACGGUUCUCAAUUCUCAUUGACUCGGACUCGACACUCUGCAGGAUAGCGACUUGAAAGUGGAAGUGGGUGGACAUGCAAUAUCGUUUGACGUCGCGUCGCCCUGGGUGUAAUAUCGGCCCUCCCGUGGGAAAUCGCGACUCUCAUUUAAGGUUACUUUUCGGGCAACAAUAAAGUGCUAUGUAGUAUGUGAGAAAUACGCUCGCUCGGUGAAAGUCCGUUAGCGGUUGCCAGUAGCCUCGUCAAAGUUGGAAUUCGUUGCGACUUCCUUCGAUCCUUUUCCUAAUAGUGGUUCUUACGUUUCGCAUCUGCUGCCCUGUCGUUGUGGCACUUUGACGUAAACAGCUACAUUUGUUAUCUUCCUUGAAAGUCGCAAACGGGAAAAGCCCCGUUGGAAAAAAACGCCUGUUGUUUCGAUCUAUGCUGUAAACGUAAACGAGAUGUCCUUCGAUGUCAUCGGACGAAUCCUUCGGUGCCUGCCGCACUUGCUGGUGCAACCAAAUCAAUUCAAUUCGCAGUUUCUUUGCAGUGGUGAUUGUCUCUUAUCCUCUGUCAAAAAUCAAUUGGGAGGAUAAAGAACAAUGCUAUAACGACUGCUAACUAACUUCUUACGGACCUACCGCGAAAGCACUAAUCAAGAGACAAUGGCGGACGACGAGGGAACAGAGUGGUUGCAAGAGUUGCUGCGUGAUGUGCAGCUUAGCCAGUUCUUUACUAGAAUUCGUGACGACCUACAAGUUACAAGAUUGCAUCACUUUGAUUAUGUGCAGCCGGAGGAUCUAGAAAAAAUCGGUUUAGGAAAACCGGGCAUUAGGCGAUUGCUGGAUGCUGUUAAGAAAAAACGUGCUGCUCAGUGGAAGAAGACUUUCAUCACAAAGAUUAAACCUGGGAGCAGUGCAAAAAGUAAUAAGCGUAACUCGCAACCUAUCGAAACUCCUUCCGUACUGACUUGCCUGAUUCAAGACAAGGAUGUCACUCUAUCCAUUAAACUGGGAGAUGGAAGCUUCGGCGUUGUUAGGAGAGGAGAGUGGACAUCUCCUUCUGGGCGAACUUUGCCAGUUGCUGUUAAAGUUCUGAAAGCAGAUGCUCUCACCCAACCGAGUGUGAUCGAAGAUUUCGUAUCAGAAGUGCAAUCUAUGCACAAUUUAGAUCAUCAAAAUCUAAUUAGGUUAUAUGGAGUCGUCCUGUCGCAGCCAAUGAUGAUGGUGACAGAAUUGGCACCAUUGGGCGCCUUAUUGGAUUACUUGCGUAAGCAAUGCAGUCACAUUUCGGUUCUCACUCUUUGCAAUUACGCAUUGCAAGUAGCUACCGGAAUGGCAUAUUUAGAAGCGAAGCGCUUCCUCCAUCGAGACCUCGCUUGCAGAAACGUCCUACUGAGUUCAGUUGACAAAGUAAAAAUCGGAGAUUUUGGACUCAUGCGGGCCCUACCACAACAAGAAGACUGCUAUAUUAUGACCGAGCACAAGAAAGUUCCUUUUCCUUGGUGUGCACCGGAAUCUCUGAAAGCGCGACAAUUCAGUCACGCCUCGGAUGUAUGGAUGUUUGGAGUCACUCUCUGGGAAAUGUUAACCUUUGGCGAGGAGCCUUGGGUCGGUCUGAAUGGUUCAGAAAUUCUCAGAAAAAUUGAUAGAGAGGGUGAGAGACUCCAUGAACCAGAAGCUAGUCCACCGCAAAUGUACCAAAUAAUGCUGCGUUGCUGGGCCCGGGAUCCUCUCGAAAGACCUAGUUUUACAUCUUUGAGGGAACCUCUAACUAGUAUGGUUCCCUCGGUGAUGAAAGCGCUUAAUCGAUUCGAAGAUAUCGGUAAAAUGUCAAUUGAAUCGGGCGAUCAAAUUGUGAUAAUCGACGGCCGACCGGAGAAUUAUUGGUGGAAAGGUCAGAACCAACGAACCUUUCAAGUUGGAUUCUUUCCGCGGUGCCUCGUCGAUCCAAUGAGGCGGAAACAACCGGAGGAUAUCAGCAAGCCACUUGAAAACUCCUUUAUUCAUACCGGACAUGGAGCUCCUUUCGGAAAAAGUUGGGGCAGUCCUAUUUUUAUUGAUGACGUUUAUCUUCGAAAUCCUAUGGAACCACCGGACAUCGUCGGCACAACGUCGACAGAUCCUUUGAAGAAGAAGUUUUCGGCUGGGACUCCGCGCUCUCGGAAGCAAUUUAACUAUAAUAAAUUCCAAAAUGAUCUAAGAUCUAGUCCUAUCAAGGCGGCGAAAGUUACCUUACCCGGAACUAGUCAAGAAGGAAGUCUCAUAGACCUCUCCCCGGAAGAGCUCGCAAAUGCCGCCACGCUGUCUUCUCAAUCCGAAACUGCGUGUCGAAGGGUCGUUAAUAUUCUCGAUGAACCGAUUGAGGUGGAAAGAGCACAGCAGGAUUACUGGCAGGAGGACGAUCCCAGAACUUAUGCCAACUUUCCUGGAAAUGAAGAUCAUCAAGAUUCCCAGCCGGAUCCUUUUGACACGUCACGAGUUUUUGUCAAUCCAUCUCAGUCUCGAUAUUAUAGCGCCGUCACUCCUGACAUCGCUAGUCAUUAUUUGAAAGCCUCACAACAACCAUACAGUAAUGCUCGAAACGACGAGAUUCCCAGCCAAAGCGGUGUUUCGAAUCAAUACUCUCGUGAGAAUAGUGGAGAAUUCAGUCAACAUUCCCUUAACUUGAACAAAGACAUUAGAAGCGAAAACAUGAAUCUGAACGUUAAUGUCGAUGAUGAGGGAGAUCAUUAUAGUGAGAUUGACAAGGUUAGUCCCAGUCCAUCAACUUGGCCAGAAGAUUUGGAGAGCGGAGCUCAAACCUAUGUGAAUGUAUCGAGUCUUCCAGGAGCAAUAGGCCCUCCACCAUUACCUCCUCCAGUGGGUCCAAAUGAAAGUCCGCAGAAGCCCAAAUCGAAUGUCGAUCUUGCUCAAAGUAUGAAGGACUUGUCAAUAGAUGCUAAAUCUCAAACUUCUCCCAGAAAACUGGACCCGGCAUUUCUUGCAGAGUUGGAAAAGCACCUUGGAGAAAAGGAAGCUUCAAAGAACACGAAUGCUACUCAGCAGCAGCAACAGCAGUCAGUCGUUGCUUGUUUACCUUACGCGAGUAUUCCAAAAUCUCAAGAUAACUCUGGAGUUCCAGUGCUUCGGCCGCCUCCCCAGCCUGUUAAGUCCAAGUCGCCUCAGAACGAUCCACGCGCUGUAGUGAACAUCACCAACAAAGUACAGAACUCGUGGCAGUCGAAAAGUACUAAUAUUCAAAGACCGAGAAGUCAGCUAGGGCAAAUCGGUGCAAUACCAAAUACUCAAAUGCUUGAGAGCACAACCGACGCUAUUGUGAGCCAGAUGUGGCAACAGAGUCAGUCGCAAGCUCUGCCUUCUCCGAAUGUAUUUCCGAUUCAAACGAGUAUCCAGCAAACUCAAACAAUGCAGAUCUCCUUGCAAAGCAGCGCAAACCUGCUACAAAUAGCUCCUAGCAACUUAACGCAUGCACCAAGCAAUCUACAAAAUCCUCCGAGUGGUCUCCUAUCGCAGAAUCUCUCCACGAACCAGAACUAUUUUCAGCAACAGAAUUUCGCCCUACCGGUGCCAGAUCAAAAUGUUAAUCACAACAUAACUCAGUUACAGAAUGAUCUUCAGCAUACCUCAAAUACAAAUGGUCGAAUCAAUACUUUACCAAGACCUGCUUCGCAAUCAGGAGCAAUACUUUCUGAACAAGUAUACGCCGAGUUGAAGCAAACAGUACCGAAUCUCGAGCAACUGUCGCAAAGCGAGUUUAACACUCUUUAUAAUAAGACUGUUCAACAAAAUAUCCUCAGAAACUAUCACUCUAAUAAUGUAACUACGGCUUGCAACAAUGCGUGUGUAUCUAGUUCGAAUUACAAUUGUCAGCAGCAGACAAGUAUGAGUAUUACGAAUAGCCCUUCCCAGUCAAAUUUUCGUCAGGGUCAGACCUUGCCGAGAUCAUUUAAGCAGGAAAACCCCUAUGACUUCAGUCCUAGUUUAAAGCAACCGCCUGUCUACAAUCCCCCACCAGCUUGGUCGCCUCUGAAACCAGUCCAGAACGGAUUUAUUCCGAAUCAACCUGCCAAACAAAACACGAACGUAUGUGCCAAUCAAACUGGAAGCCCUAAUUUGAUGCAAUUCACGCCCACAAGAAUAUCUCAACCCUCGACCUCGUAUCCCUCUUCAACUGCACGUAGUUUGUUACCUCAGUUAAACGAGACGACGAUAAAUACGCAAUUGGCUCCUUCCUCUUCAGCUUACCCUUCAGGAAUCAGCCCUCCAUUGAGUGGAGCCUCCAAACAGUUGGUGAUGUCGCUUAAUGACGAGUUCAGAGCGAGUAAAGUUAUGAAAGUUCAGAAAGAAUCUAGUGAUGCAUCGCAGCAGGAAAUUUUGACGGCGCUUCAAGCCACUGGAUGGGACACCAGUCAAGCUGUCAAACAGAUUCUUAAAGACAGACAGGCAAAAGUGGAUUCCCUUAUACGAUUGGGAUUGGCAGAUAGACAACAGUGCGAAGGUGCAUUGAAACAGACUGAAUAUGAUGUAGAAUUAGCUGCAUCGUUCUUGCUGGAUCGGGCGAGGUGAAUAUCGUCUCUAGAGUUCGCGUUAAAAAAGCUGACUAAAACAAGUUUCAGCCAAGAAUUAACUUGUAAUUUCUAUCUAUUAGACUAUGUCUGCGUGUGAAUAACGAAAGAAUAAGAAAUUUGGGAACAUUGUUAUUGUAAACUGAAGUAGCAGACAUGGGAAAUUGUAAAGUUACUAAAUGUAUUUUACGUUCCGGGCCUUUUGUGGUGACUGAACUUGCUAAAACUUUCAGUUUAUCGACGUGCUUGAUUUUUCAAUUAGCCUAAUUUGUUACGCUGCAGAAAGAAACAUCUUCACUUUACUGUACUGCGUUUACUCCGAACAAGUAUUUAUUAUUAUUAUUAUUAUUAUUAUUAUUAUUAUUAUUAUUAUUAUUAUCGAUUGAAGCGUAUUAGGUAGAAAUAUUGAGCGCGCAGGCUUUUAAUUCAUUUACGUAAGGUCUUAUCGUAUGAAAGCACCGUAGAUGUCACAAUGACUCCGUCGAAUUGUUUCCCGAGGAGUUUUAAAUAGAUGGGUAGUGAUACUUUCUCAAUUCUCUAAAUUGAAUAUUAUUAUGAAGAUGUUAAGAAUCUUCAAAAUUUAAAGCAAAGGCAAUGCAAAGGGCCUCACUACCUAAACUGAAAAAUGAUCUAUAGGAUCUGCGCCAUGUUUUGAAAUUUUUGACGGAAAAGAAUUAUACUUUGGGAAUUUGAUACUGUGAUAUAUGCUGUUAACGGCACUAGGCGCUAUUGCUGAGGGACAAUUAGUUUGUUCAUCUUUCGUGAGAUAGACAACUAUUAAAAUACACGUGUACAGUAGCGACGGUUAAAGCUUAUUCCGUGGCAUGUAAAUAGGAAAAGGUUAGCGUAAUAUUUAAGAAUAUUGUCAAUACUCUGUACAUUGAUCGCGUGUUUCUGUGAGGCGCAGAAAAAAAUUCGAGAUUAUUUUAAGUCGACCAGGGUGUAGAGGAAAAUUCAGGUUCAUGCUGUCUUGAAUGGAAAAUACUCUUUCGUGUAAAGUGUUCGCUUUACUGAUCGUGCAUCGCUCGAAUAUGCUAUUUAUUUUUUGAUAAUUUUUUUUUUAUUUUCAAAGUACGUGCAUGAGAAUUAUCACUCGUGUCUUCCGAUUUCUAGGAAGCAGUGUAAUAAUUACGAUAUUCCUAUUCAAUUAUUUGAAAAGUAUUAUGGAUUCGGUCUCGGUAUUUAUUUGUCUCUUGCAUUUUCAACUUAUUUUUCAACAUUUGUAAUCAGGGCCUUUAUUUUUUCUGCUGCAACAUAAGCAGUAGUAAAUCUUUUGUCCUAGAAUUUUAAUGGAAGAUAUUUUUUAGAAUAAAAAUGUUGUUCCAUUUUGUAGCUACAAGAAACCUUUUUUACAGCUACUGUUUAUGUCUGUAAAACAGAGAAAAAUCAACGAACCAACAAUAUACUUUUAGUUUUAAAUGUAGUCUACGACAAUUUUAGGAUCAGUCAGUAUACUUGACGCUGAUGGAUGAAAUUUAACAAAUAAUGAAUCAUCCUUCAAUCAUUGGUUGCAAUAUUUUUCAAGAUUCAUGAAUUCGAAUUUAAAAUUUAAAUUGUUUUAUUAUUUCGUAACCACUAGUAAGGCAAUUUAUUGUUGUACAAUUGAAUUCCCUACGGAUGCGAAUUUUCAUAAAGCAGCGUUAAUAAUUGAUCGAUUUACAUCGUAUUCUGAUAACAUGUCUGAUUGUCUGCGUACAUCCUGAAGUGCAGGAUGAAAUGGGAGGCUGCGGCGCAAUACUAGGGUUCCCUUUUCGAUUAGACCUUUCCUAAAACCGUACACGUCUACUGUCAUUGUAUUACCUUUGAUAAUUUGUUUUUUAGUGUCACGGAAAGUUUUAUCGGAUUGUUUGUUCAAGAGAAAUAAUAUUUUUAUCGCUGCGAGUUUAUCGAGUUUGCAGAAUAUACAUGGAGUAAAUAAAAAUGUUAUCAGAAAUUUAAAAAAUCGGUCGAUUCUUGAUGAGAUUCAGUAAUGUUUCCAUUUUUUUUAAACUAAUGAGAGCCGUAGCCAAACGAAAUUUCAUAAUAUUCUUGUCGAGCCAUGCCAAAUGUUACGUUAUGUCUAUAUAUUUACUUGCGUAUGGACGUGUCAAAACUUGUAAAACAACGUAUUGCAAAUACACAACCCUAUACUCGUUA